AAUGGAGAUGUAUGAAACCCUCGGAAAAGUGGGAGAGGGAAGUUAUGGAACAGUCAUGAAGUGUAAACAUAAGGAUACUGGGCAGAUAGUGGCCAUUAAGAUAUUUUAUGAAAAACCGGAAAAAUCUGUCAACAAAAUUGCAACGAGAGAAAUAAAGUUUUUAAAGCAAUUUCAUCAUGAAAACCUGGUCAAUCUGAUUGAAGUUUUUAGGCAGAAAAAGAAAAUUCAUUUGGUGUUUGAAUUUAUUGACCACACGGUAUUAGAUGAGCUACAACAUUAUUGUCACGGACUAGAGAGUAAACGACUUAGAAAAUACCUCUUCCAGAUCCUUCGAGCAAUUGAAUAUCUUCACAAUAAUAACGAAGUUGUCAGAACUAGAUAUCCCGAUUUGGGAAUCUUCCUCUUAGAUAUUACAGUUGAAGAAAUCAUUCAUCGUGAUAUAAAACCUGAGAAUAUUUUAGUAUCCCAGUCAGGAAUUACUAAACUCUGUGAUUUUGGUUUUGCGCGAACUCUAGCAGCUCCUGGGGACGUUUAUACGGAUUACGUGGCCACACGCUGGUAUAGAGCUCCAGAAUUGGUAUUAAAAGAUACCUCUUAUGGAAAACCUGUAGAUAUCUGGGCUUUGGGUUGUAUGAUCAUUGAGAUGGCCACUGGAAACCCCUAUCUUCCUAGCUGCUCUGAUUUGGAUUUACUUCAUAAAAUUGUUUUAAAAGUAGGCAACUUGACACCUCACUUACAGAAUAUCUUUUCCAAGAGUCCCAUUUUUGCUGGGCUGGUCCUUCCUCAAGUUCAACACCCCAAAAAUGCAAGGAAAAAAUACCCAAAGUUAAAUGGAUUGUUGGCAGAUAUAGUUCAUGCUUGUUUACAAAUUGAUCCUGCUGAAAGGACAUCAUCUACUGAUCUUUUGCAUCAUGAGUACUUUACUAGAGAUGGAUUUAUUGAAAAAUUCAUACCAGAACUGAGAGCUAAAUUACUACAAGAAGCAAAAGUCAAUUCAUUCAUAAAGCUAAAAGAGAAUUCUAAAGAAAGUGACCUUAUGAAAGAUGAAAGAAAAACAACAUAUACUAAAUCACUGCUUGGUACUCCAGUUUUGGGAAAGGAAAUAGAAAAAGAGAAAAAGCCCAGGGAGAUCAAAGUCAGAGUUAUUAAAGUCAAAGGAGGAAAAGGAGAUAUCUUAGAACCAAACAAGACAGAGUGUGAAGGUGGACGUUGUCAACAGGAUGCUGUUGAAAAUGCUCAUGCUAUGUCUCAAGAUACAAAACCUGUCAUCAAUGAACCACUAAAUGCUGUCAAUCCCAGCACUAAUUCUAAUGGCAUGAAAGAUGAUCCACACGCUGGAGGUAGUAUGAUGAUGCCACCCAUCAAUCUAAUGAGCAAUAAUUUGUUGGCUUCAAAUCCCAAUUCAAAUCUUUCCCAUCCCAAUUCAAGGUUGACUGAACGAGCAAAAAAGAGACGUACUUCUUCACAAUCUAUUGGACAGUUUAUGCCUAACAGCAAACAAGAGGAUACAGGUCCCACUCAAAACCAAAUGGAGAAGAGUGUAUUUAAUGAGCGAACAGGUCCAAAUGACCAAAUGGCAAAUGGAAACAAAAGAAAGCUGAAUUUUUCCAGAUCUGACAGGAAGGAAUUCCAUUUCCCAGAACUACCUUUCACGGUACAGCCCAAGGAGGUGAAAGGAAUGGAAGUUAAACAGAUAAAAGUGCUGAAGAGGGAAUCAAAGAAAACAGAUUCAUCUAAAAUACCAACUUUACUUAAUGUGGAUGAAAAUCAAGAAAAACAUGAGUUUUUACUCUCAUCCUUACACAAUUGGGCUUUGGUGGAAUUGGAGUUCCUGGUCUUCAAAAGGGGCCCAUUCUUGCUAGAGGCCACAGCAAGAGUGCUACUGAACUAA